AUGUAUCCACCGAUAAAACGACUUCGUACUGAUGAAAAUCAGGAUGAAUCUAAUGCUGGAGGAGGAAUACCAACAGCAGGUGCAUCAUCCAUGAUGGAUGAUUUCGAAAUGACUGAUGAUGAAUUAUUAUUUUCUGCCACACAAGUUGAACAACAAACAAAUCAUGAUUGUUAUCAAGCACUACCUUCAAGUCAAAAUCCAUCUCGAUCAAAUUUUCAAGUACCAGUAUUUUCAACUCAAACUGUCUUACAACCAUUAGCAUCAGAAGGAAAUCGAACACAAAAUGUUAAUAAAGAACUUGAACUUGAACGAAAAUUAUUAAUGAAAGAAGGUCAAAUAAUUAUUCUUGAAAAAAAUAAUCGAUUAUUAACUGAAAAAAAUGCUCGACUUACACGAGAAAAAUGUCUUUUAAAAACUGAACAAGAUGAAGCAGCAAGUGCUCGUGAACAACGAGUUAAAAUUCAACUUGACACAUGUAAAUCUCAAUUAACAUUUAAUGAACGUGAACGUAGUGAAUUACAAACACGUUAUCAUGCACUUGAAACACGUUUUCAUGAAAGUCAAGAAACAAGUAAUCGUCUUUUACGUGAAGUAACACGUCUUCGUACUGAUAAACCACAAAUCAAUAGUCCACAACAUCAACCAACAAAUUUAACAUUAAAUCAUUCUCGUCUUCUUAAAACUCAAUUAACACAAUUUUCAGCUUAUGAAUUAUUACGUACACGUACAAUUGAUUCAUCAACAAUGCCUAUAUCAAGUUUACAAAUUAUACUUGAACGUAUUCGACCACAAUCAAUAACUCAACAUAUUUGGCAAACAUUAGUUGAUUUAAUAUUUUUUCAUCAACAUAAUUCAAUAUCAAUUAAAUUAAAACAACAAGAUUUAACAAUUGGAAUUGAUUUAAUAACAAUGACAGCAUUUUAUCAAAUGAUUUAUAAUACAUUACAUCUAUUUAAUAAUCAACGAAAUCGUAUAACAACAAAUAAUAAUGAUCAACAACAACAACAGCAACAACAAUCACAAAACUUAACUUCUGAUCAAUUGAUGUUAGUACUUGAUGCUUGUUCACAUUUUCUAUUAAAUACUGUUAAAUCAACUGAAUCAUUAAAUAAACAAGAAAAUACAUCAACUAUUAAAAAACAACAAGAAGCUGAGCCGAUGGAUGAUGGUUCAUCUCAACGAACCACUACGGAUAGUAGUCAAAUUUCAUUACCAUGUUCAGCCGAUCAUCAUACUGCUUAUUAUACGGCUAAAGGUCAAUGUUUAACAAUGCUUAAAUAUUUUCUUUCACAUUCAACAAUAAAUAAAUAUCCAUUUGCUCUAUUUAAUCGUAUUUUAAAACUUUAUACAUUUCAUUUUAAAACUCGUCCAACACAUGAAUCUGAAAGACGUAAAGCUUUUUGUUCUUUUCUUAUAUCUCUUCUUGAUCAACAACAAUAUAUGAAUCCAUAUGAAUAUUUAACUGCAAUAUUAUUAUCAAUACUUGAUGCAUCACCUGAUGAACCUAAUUGGUUAUGUGGCGUAUCAAUAACAGAUGAAAGAUCAUCAUCUCAACGUUGUUUAUGUUCAGUUCUUAUAACACAUCUUGAUUCACUUAUUUAUCUUGAUAAAAAUGAAAAUUUAGAUGAAUAUAUUAAAUUUCUUUUUUUAAUUUAUCGUCUUCAAUUAUUUAUUUAUGAUAAUGAAAAUUUUCAUAAAAUGGAACUUGAUAAUGGUCAAUGUCCAGGUUUAUGUUGGUUAACAUUAUUUAUAUCAUUUGGUCAAUGUUUAUCACGUUUUCUUUUUCAUAUUAUAAAACCAAUAAUAAAACAACGAAUAUUUCAACUUUCAAUAAAAUUCGUUAAAAUUUUAAUACUUUUUUCAUUACAAUUACAACCAACAACAUGUUUACCACAACAAGCAAAAGAAUUACAACUUUAUACAAAUCCAUCUCUUUGGCAUUUAUAUGAACUUAUGUUAUUAUAUCACCAUCAACAAUCUGUUAAUGAAUCAAUAACUAUUAUUAAUAAACAAGUACUGGACGAUCAACUCUGUGUUUUUGGUUAUAUACGUGACGUACUGGAGGCUGGAAAUGAUAAUCAUGCAAAUGAAAUGAGAUAA